UUCUACCCUACUCUUUCUCCUCCCACCUAAGACUCCUCUAAAUAGGAGCCCACCUUAUCCUUAUCCUUUUACUCCCACCUUAUCCUUAUCAGAAGUCGAGUAAAAAGAGUUUGGCAUUACCUUUCAAAGAGGAAUUUUUUGCUUUCUUUACUUGAAGUGGCAAUAGCGGCUAUUGUCCAAUAACACGAUCACACGCUCGGUUUUCUCUAUUGAAAUUGAAAUUAUGUACACAUUUAGAUUGUUUUCGAAAUUGUAUAGUGCUCUACUUAUGUCAGAUUUUACCUCAUAAGUGAUUCAUUCCAUGAAGUAUUAUGUGUCAUUUGAAAAUUAUUUUGUAAAUCAUAUUAAAAGUUUAUCUAUAUUUUAGUGCAGUUUUAAGAGUAUAUAUGUAUACAUAUAUGUAAAUAGAAUUAAGUGUGAUAUAUUAAUUUGUAUCGUCUAGUUGUAAAUUAUGGAUUUAUCUUUGCACGUAUUUAUUUCACUGUUGUAUAUUAUAAAGGACAUUGCUAAUGUAAAAUGUGAGCAAUGGAUUCCAAAUCCAGAAAUAGAUAGGCAUCUACAGUUAGGUCGAGAACUUCUAACUCAAGGAAUGUAUGAUGAUGCAUUAUCACAUUAUCAUGCAGCUGUAGAUGCUGAUCCAUACAAUUAUUUCACCUAUUAUUCUCGUGCUACCGUAUAUCUUGCUAUUGGAAAAAUAGCAUCUGCUCUGAAGGACCUUACAAAAGUCAUAGAUUUGAAACCAGACUUUUCUGCUGCUCGUCUUCAGAGAGGAAAUUUACUUUUAAAACAAGGCAAGUUAGAUGAGGCACAUAUUGAUUAUGAGAGUGUGCUCCGUGUGGAUCCAAUGAAUCCUGAUGCACAUCAUGGAUAUAAUAUGAUCGAUCCAAUAAAGAGAGAUGUGCAGUUGGCAUACGGAAUGGUAGCAGAUCGUAAUUUUCAUGAAGCCAUAGCUGUAUUAACUCGAUUGCUUCAGGAAGUUCCCUGGGAUGUUAAACUGAGAGAAAUGCGAUCUCAGUGUUAUGAAGCUGUUGGGGAUUUGAUAAGUGCUAUUAGUGACCUCCGAUCCAUAUUAAAAUCCCAAAUGGAUAACCAGUUGCGAUAUUUAAAAUUGAGUGAACUCUAUUAUGAAAUAGGGGAGACUGAAGAAUCUUUAAAUGCAAUUAGAGAAUGCUUGAGAUUUGAUCCUGAUCAUAAAGGAUGUUUUAAGCAUUACAAAUAUGUAAAAAAAAUAGCUGCUCAUUUAAAAGCAAUUCAAGAUUUUGUCAAUGAAGGCAACUAUGUGGACUGUGCAGCACGUGCUGAGAAAGCCAUUCCUCUUGAAACUAAAGUACCUUAUAUGAUGUAUCUGUUAAGAGCUAAGCUGUGCAUAUGUGAAAACAAAGCUGGCAGAACAAGUGAAGCAAUCAGUGCUUGUACUUCUGCUCUAAAAAUAAAACCUGAUGAUGUAGAUAUAUUAUGUGAAAGAGGAGAUGCUUAUCUUGCAGACGAAAAUUAUGCUGAUGCUAUUCACGAUUUUCAGAAGGCAACAAAUUUAAAUGAUCGUUCGCAAAGAGCUCAUGAUGGCUUACAUCGUGCACAAAAACUUGAAAAACAAUCAAAAAAGAGGAAUUAUUAUGCCAUUUUGGGUGUUAAAAGGUAAACAAGAUAGUGUUUUAAGUUCAGUAUGGUUUCUUCUCAGCACACAUUUCUGAAAGAAAAUACAGCAGAUAAAUUAAUUUUAAAUUGACAGUCCAGUUAAUUGUUUAUAAAUUUUUUAAUUUAAAAAAUGAGAAAUUAAAAUAUCUUUGCAUGAAAACAGAAUCUUUGUAAAAUACAUACAUGGUUCAGAUUAUGGAUUCGUGUAACAUUUUCCAACACAGAUUAGGAAAUAUGUCUCAAACUUGUGUAAUUCUUAAUAAUAUGGUACUUGGAAAUUGAAAAAUUGUUUAAAACUUUCUUGGAAGAGAGUGCGGACUGUUUAAUAAUUUUAAAUUGUAUUCUGUGAAUGUGUUUAAUAAUUCUGUAUUGUGUUUAAUAAUUUUAAAUUGUAUUCUUUUAAAUUGUAUUCUAGUACCACUGUGAAGUCACUUAUUAUUAUAUCAUUAUGUUGAUGUUGAUAAUCAUUUAUCACAAGUUGUUAUGCAUAUCUUAUGUAACAUCUCCAUAGUAAUUCUUCUUAGCUAACUAUCAGCUCUUUUCAGUGUAAUAUUUGUGCAUUUUGGCUGAUUUUGUUACUCGUAUACUUGGCUUGAUAUUAGAUACCUCUUCUAAUUUUUAUUUUAAUUCUUAUUCUUAAAUGACUAAUCAAAAUAUACAAAAAUAAAAUUCAAUAAACAUUGCCUUAUAAAAAAUCUUAAGAUUGCAUGCAAUCUUAAAGGCAUGCAAUUAAAAAUGUCAUCUAAGAUAGCAAAACAUUUUCUCCUUUAGAAUGCAUGCAAUGCCAUGCCAGCUCCAUUAAGUAAGAAGUUAAACAUGGAUAUAUAUUAUGUCUUUGGCAUUUAUUGCACUAUUUUAUAGUACCUGACAAGCACUCAACAGAUUGGGUAUGACACCUAGUGUGUAGAUUAAAAAAAAAUAUAUGAUGCUAAUGAUUUAUUGUGAAAUACUUCAAAAUUCUAAAUUGUUAAGUUCAUCACAGUGAAAAAAGAUAGCUAUAAUUAUAUGAAAAAUGCAGUAGAGGGAGUGGUGAUUAUAAUACAGUUCUUGUGAGGAAAUAAGCUACGUCAAACUAGGAAUACUUGGCACUGUAAAUAUAUGCCAAAAAAGGGGAGGUUAAAUGGUAAGGCUUUAACGGAAAAGAACCCUUAACAUAAGAUAAUCCAAGCAAGAGCUUUUAUGAAUUAUAUGCAGCUAGAGGCUAUGACUCACCUUGUGGAAAUAUUUUUUUGUCUGUGUUAAGGUUAAAAAAACUGUUAUUUUAUAGAUCAAUAAUCUUUUGUUUACAUUAAACUAUAAUUUUGUUACUAUUUUCAUAUGGUUUGUUGUGACUUGAAAGCCACAACCAUCAGUUUAACCACUAGGGUCCAAACCAUGCACACCAUGAAUUAAAGACAUUAGUCAUUAUUCAUAACUUCAUAUUUAAAAAAAAAAAAGUUCUCUUUUUUGGCUAUUCUGACAUAAAUAUACUUUCGUAUUUUUGUGUGCUGCAUGUUGGAGAAUGAAAGUUUUUUUUUUUUUUUUAAGAUAAAUCAGUUGCAAAUGCAAUAUGAAAGAUUAUACAAAAUUUUAUUUUAAUAGCUGUAAGUAACCAACUUAGCGAUUGACAAGCGAAUUAGUUUAAGGCAGUUAACUCAAAAAGUUAUAUGUUGUUGAUUAUUCUGAAUAGCAGUACUAGUUGCAUGGUGAGAUCUUGUGAAUAAUCUGUUUUGAGCAGUUUCUCUUUGAACUUACUUAAGGCAUAAAUGAGAUUAUGUAUUGUAUUUUUGUAAAUAAAAAUAACAUUUAUUUUAAAAUGAAUUUAAAAGUAGUUUAAUUAGUUUAUGUUUGUUGUUGCUUAUCUCAAGCCCAAGUAUUAGUUACAUCAAAAGGUCUUGAAUGAUUGUGAAAAGGUACAUUUGUAUGUCUCUGAUCAUAGGUCUUGAGAGUUGAUAAUAUGUAUUCGCUCAUCUUCAUUCCAUUUUUGAUUGGGCAUGCAGAUGUAAUCUGAUGAUAUUGUCUCUCUCUACCUCGUAUUACCAUUAUCUUUAACAGUGCUUUUGGGCCUACACAUUUUUAAUUAAUUGACUGCCAUGUUUGAGUAUGGAUUUCUGUGAACAAUAAAAAAUAUUUAAAAUGUAAUAAAGUGUUAAAAAUUUAUGCAAAAUUUGUCUAUUUGUUUAUUAGGAAACAUUCUGCUAAUUUAUUUUAUGUCUAUGAAUACCAUUAGGUUUAGAUUAAAAAAAAUCAACCUGACAGUACGUAAGGAAGGUGGAGUUUAUUACAUCAUACCACAUUACAUAAACUGAUCUUUACUUAAUAUGUUUCAUAAACAAUAAUCAUUUAACACAUGGACUGUAUUCCUUCACUUUUAUUUCAUUACACUAAUUAUAAAUAAGAUGUCAGCGAUGCGAAAUAAUUGAUACAAAAUAAGC